AUGGACCAAGGAAAUAACUCUAGAAGGAUUGAGUUUGUGUUGCAAGGUCUUUCAGGUUCUCGAGAGCUACAGCUUUUCUAUUUUGCAUUUUUCACAUUUUUCUAUUCAUCCGUUGUGCUGGGAAACCUCCUCAUUGUGCUCACAAUCCUCUCUGAACCUGCGCUACACACACCCAUGUACUUCCUGUUCAGCAACCUCUCCUUCAUUGAUCUGUGUCUAUCCACCUUUGCCACUCCCAAAAUGAUUGUUGACUUCCUCAAGGAGCACAAGACCAUCUCCUUUGAUGGCUGCAUGGCUCAGAUAUUCUUUCAUCAUGCCUUUGCCGGUGGUGAAGUGAUGCUCCUUGUGGCCAUGGCAUAUGACAGAUAUGUAGCCAUAUGUCGACCCCUGCACUAUGCAGCAAUCAUGAAUGUACACAAGUGUUCAGGCCUUGUCAUGGGCUCCUGGCUCUUUGGAGUCCUGCAUUCAUUAAGCCAGUUGGUCUUCACAGUAAACCUUCCAUUCUGUGUUUCAAAUAAAGUGGACAGCUUUUUCUGUGACAUUCCCUUAGUUAUCAAACUUGCCUGCACUGAUACAUAUACCCUUGAGGUACUGAUGCUUUCAGACAGUGGUCUAAUGGGUAUGAUCUUUUUUCUGCUCUUGAUCAUCUCCUACACAGUUAUCAUGGUGACUGUACGACAUCGGUCCUCAGUAGGCAUGGCCAAGGCCUGGGCCACCCUGACUGCCCAUGUCACUGUGGUGACCCUCUUCUUUGGGCCCGGCCUCUUCAUCUAUGCCUGGCCUUUCAGCAACUUCCCAAUUGAUAAGUUUCUGUCAAUAUUCUAUACUGUUUUCACCCCUCUCUUAAACGCCUUGAUCUACACAUUCAGAAAUAAGGAGGUAAUAUCAGCAAUGCAGAAACUGAGGAGGCGACAAGUAAGUUCCUAA